AUGGAGCAGGAGGGCCCCCAGCACGGGCCGGCCUCUCUGGGGACUGGCCUUCCCAGCGCCCACGCGGGGGUCCCAGGAGUGGCGCCUUACACCAUUGUCUACUUCCCCGUCCGAGGGCGCUGCGAGGCCAUGCGCAUGCUGCUGGCCGACCAGGGCCAGAGCUGGAAGGAGGAGGUGGUCACCAUGGAGACCUGGCAGCAGGGCCAGCUCAAGGCGUCCUGUCUUUACGGUCAGCUCCCCAAGUUCCAGGACGGAGACCUCACCCUGUACCAGUCCAACGCCAUCCUGCGGCACCUGGGCCGCUCCCUCGGACUCUAUGGGAAGGACCCACGGGAGGCAGCCAUGCUGGACGUGGUGAAUGACGGUGUGGAGGACUUGCGCUGCAAGUACUUGAUCCUCAUCUACACCAACUACGAAGCGGGCAAGGACAACUAUGUGAAGGCACUACCCGGGCACCUGAAGCCCUUUGAGACCCUCCUCUCCCAGAACAAGGGAGGCCAAGCCUUCAUCGUGGGCGACCAGAUCUCCUUCGCUGACUACAACCUGCUGGACCUGCUGCUGAUCCACCAGGUGCUGGCUCCCGGCUGCCUGGACGCCUUCCCCCUGCUGUCGGCCUAUGUGGCCAGGCUCAGCGAACGACCCAAGCUCAAGGCCUUCCUGGCCUCCCCUGCGCACCUGAACCUGCCCAUCAAUGGCAACGGAAAGCAGUGA